CGAGGCUCUAGGGCGCUGCAGGCUCGUCCGGGAGGGUAGUCGGUAGGCAGGCAGGGAAGGUUAGGCGAGCGGGGAUCCGAACCCGCGGCGGCCCCGGCCCCUCGAGUGCAUGCAAGUUGUUGGCGGCUCGCCCCACCAGCGCGCCCACCUCCACGUCUGCUGCACCGCCGCGGCCGCCUGUCGUGCGCACCCCGACAUGGAUGUGCUUCCCAUGUGCAGCAUCUUCCAGGAGCUGCAGAUCGUGCACGAGACCGGGUACUUCUCGGCGCUGCCUUCCCUGGAGGAAUAUUGGCAACAGACAUGCCUGGAGCUGGAGCGAUACCUGCAGAGCGAGCCCUGCUAUGUGUCUGCCUCCGACAUCAAGUUUGACAGCCAGGAGGAACACCUGUGGACCAAGCUCUUUCUCGCCCGGGGGGAGAAGAAGGAGGACUCGGACCACACGCGACCUUGCAGCGCCCCCCAGGACUCCCUCAACAGCCCCGGCUUUGCCUUCAGCCUGGACACCAGCAGCCUGAACUCGGACGCCAGUAGCGAAGCCUCCGACAGCUCCGAAGAACUGUCACCCACCUCCAAGUUUGCCUCCGACCCCAUGGGCGAAAUCUUGGCUGGCUCGGUGCCCCCAGCCAGCCCCCUGGCCUCCUCGCCCCCGUCAUCUCCUGAACUGAGCCGAGAGGCCUCCCAGCUGUGGGGCUGUGGGUCCGGGGAGCCGCUUCCUCCUGGGAAGAUGCACGGGGGGACCGCGGGCAAAGCGGGGGACAAGGGCAGUGGGGACGCCUCCCCCGAUGGCCGCCGCCGAGUACACCGCUGCCAUUUCAACGGCUGCCGGAAAGUUUACACCAAAAGCUCCCACCUGAAAGCCCACCAGCGCACUCACACAGGAGAGAAGCCUUACCGAUGCUCCUGGGACGGGUGUGAGUGGCGUUUUGCAAGAAGCGAUGAGCUAACCAGACAUUUCCGAAAGCACACGGGUGCCAAGCCUUUUAAAUGUGCCCACUGCGACAGGUGUUUCUCCAGGUCCGACCAUCUGGCCCUGCACAUGAAGAGGCACCUGUGAGCCUGCGGCCUUUCCUGCGGCUAAGACGGCUUCAGGCUGCGGCCGGCCUGGUGGAGGCAUUUCCCGCCGGCCCCCAGGGUCUCCUUGGACGGUUGCUGGCUCGAGGGCCCAGGGGCCCCCGCAGAAGUGUGCGGAGUGUGGUGGGAGGUGGGGGAGCCCCAGCCGUGGCUAUGAGCGUGUGGACAGGGUGACUGUGUGUGUAGGCUUAGCUCCCCAGUGGACUAGGCCUCGGCGCCUUCCUGCAGGGCGGCCGGCGCGGUUUGAAUGCUGUGUGUGAGGUGCCCCCCCAUCUUCUGGGAGGUCUGCACCUGAGGGGGAAAAGGAAAACAAAGCAAAAAAAAAAAAAAAUAAGGCAAUGUGGAGGGCAGGCGUGGGACAGAUGUAUGGACAGAGACUCAUUGGAAGGGAUCCCGUGGGGGUGAGCCAGGCCCUUUGAGGGUAGUGUUUGGCCAGAAAGUAUUUGUUCCUGGGAAGCGGGACCCUGUAAAUCAACCUUUCUGCGCCCAGCGAGAGAAGCCUGGGUCAGAUUCACCGUAGGUCAGUUGGUCACUGGGCAGCGGCAGUGCUUUUCUUUGCAGGGCUCUGUGUCCUGCUCUGUCGUGCCCUGCUGAGGACAGUUGUUCUGGAGUUCACAUGCUUCAGGCUGGGCCAGAGCACGUCGGUGUAGACAGGCCGGCUGGGAAGCGCUGGGCUGAAAUUCCACUGCCCCGAAAGCUCCAGUUCUCAGUGGAUGGACGAAACCACUAUGGCUUAGGAACUGAUUUCUCAUGCAGCUAUGUUUCUCUUAUUUAUGCCUUGAGGACUAAUUUCUGGUUUUCUAGCUGAAAAUGCACUGUAGAUCUUAACAAUGGUGCCUUACGCAAGGCCCUUCUGUGGGGUCUCUUACAGGGGUGCGGGGUGCAUGCUUUAUUAAGGCUCUUUUAUUUUCACCUGGCGUUGUACUGUACCAACUUGGAAACCCGAAAGCCCAUGUCCAGACCUUCACAGAGACAGACAGCAAAGAGGGGGAAUCCCCGGCCCGUAGGGGCCUCUCCCCUCGAGCACCUGCGAACGUUGGACCUUUCCUGCCAAGAGACUUUCGUGUCGACUUUGCACAAUGCUUGUAUAGCUUACACGCCGACUGUGUUUGAUAUGUCACAUUUCCAAUGUAUAGGCAAGAGACACAAGUGUUACAAAAACCAUGUGGUGAUGUAUUUGCUUCUAAGGCACAAGGUUGCUGUUCCUACCUAGCUACCUGUUGGUGAUACAGAAAGGCUCCCGCUUUUGUUUAAAAAGUGGCCCGAAUUCUUGUGUAUGUAUAUUUGUGUGUAAAGUGUAUGUAUGUGUGUAUAUAUAUAUGCUAUAUAUAGAUAAUAUAUAAAUAUUUUUUUAAGGAGAAAUUAGAAUGUUAGCUAGAAACUUCCACAGGCAGUGAAGCAGUGUUUCAGAAGGGCCACAAAGAGAGGGAAAAUAAGCUUUGCAGUGUGACUCGGUCUCCCCACAACCCUCCCACUGCAAGGCCCCUGUCAGGUCCAACCAACCUCCUAACCCCCUAAGAAUCUCAACUGGUUUUGAGUUCUAGCCUUGCUGAAACAUCUGAUCCAAGAGCAAGCUCAUCCCAGGCUGCUUUUUUAGAAAGCUUGGAUGCCCAACAACCAUUAUUUUUUUUCCCAGUAUAUACAUUCUUCCAGAUUUUCCAAGGAGCAAUUUUCCCGAUUUGGCAUACCCUAGGGGGUCAGAACCAUUUGUGGACCAGUAGGGCUGAGGUUUUUGGAUCAUUCUGGAAAUGAGCAGUUCUGGGUUGUCACCUGGCAGGGUUUUGAAACAUGGGCUGUGACACAUGCCUCUACCUAAGGGACUGUUGUUCUGUUUGGGGAAGAUGGGAAAGAGAGAUGCACCUUUGUUUUGGCAAAUCAAUAUCUGGGCAUUGGAUUGGCUGGGUUUUGAAAACAUUCAGUGGCCCUGCCCAGCCAUAACUGUACUAUUAGAUAAGAAGGUAAACUGAAGACCAAAAAUAAAGACGUAGAAAUCAAUCCCUAAAACACACGCCCUCGGCUUGCACAGACUUGUCCGGAUUAUGAAACUGCAGAACUGUGUGGGUUGGGCACAGUGUGUUUUCAUGCCUGUAAUUUUCCUAAUAAGCAAGUCCAUGAAGAGCUACGUUCUGUUCAGGUGAUAACUGAGCCUCAAUCAAGCAGAAAACUUUGUGCUUGACACUGAAAAAAAAGAUUUCUAUUAGUGAAAUUUCUUUUUUUUUUUCUUUUUUGGGAAGCACCCUGUUAUCUAAAGAAUCUUUGUAAGAUUUUUGUAAGCAUUCUGUUUUACAAGAUUUUAUUUGAAAUUGUUUUUUUGCAAGAUUGUUAUAUUUCUGUAUGAAUGUAUUUUUUAUUGGAAUAACAUAAAAGAAUUCUUAUCAGCA